CUAUUCCUUCCAAGACACAAGCAUGCAAAACGCGCCAUCUGUCAUGCACGAUGCAGCGCACACAGAAAUAGGCUGUUCGAUGGAGAGUAACUCUGGUGUGGACCGUCCUGAGACACACAGCAAUCAAUCUCAGGAUACCGACAGACCUGGUGCACAUGGCAUCCUCUCUAUCCCUUCCGAACUCAUUCAUCACAUCCUUAAGUACCUGGGGAAUGCAGACCUGGUGAACGCGGCAACCGUAUGCCCAAGCUUCCGGUGCAUUUCCCAGCGCGUGAUUUACAGGAACGUCGAACCUACCGGGGACAUGAUUAUACCAUGCCUCAAAUGCUUUGCGUCGUACCCGCAUCUUGCUUCCUGUGCUCGUACUCUGAUCUUGUUUGAUGCUACUCGACAUUAUGAUGUAUUCUCCAAUUAUUUCAACCUACUUCGCCGUGCCUUGUUAAACGCUUCUUCGCUCACGGAUCUUACACUUCUCCUCGACGGCCCCUACGCAAGAUAUUUGCAUGGAUGUUCAUUUCGACUUCGUUCUCUGACUACAACACUCGAUUGGGACAGGGACUUCGUCAAAUUGAUCUCAGAGCAGACGGAAUUGUGCAAUGCUAUGUUUGGCGGAAGAUUCGCGAACGACACGGUUCUCCCUAGCGAUACUCUCAAAAAGCUUACAAGGGUCUCCGCAUCCCCAUUGAUACUGGCUGCGGUGGUUCCGAAUCGAAAAGUCAAGGAAGUGGAGCUAUGUUUGCUGCAGCAGGAGCUUUUCAAACAUGACAUCCUCCACACUGCAUUGAACAUCCUUUCCUAUUCCACCGGUCCAUUGACCGCACUGCAGAUCAUCACCCAUAUAAGUGACACACCGGAUGCACUCGCAGCCUUGAACACGAUUCCAAGGAAUUUGCCCAGACUGAAUUCAUUUGCCUUCUACUCGAGUGGUGGAGCAGUCUCGCAGGAACUCCUCGAGGCCUUACCUGAUUUCCUCUCUGGCUUUGAGUGCCUCAGGUCGCUGACAUUGAUGUCGCGAGAUAAAGCCGAUGCACUACACGACAAAACUUUCACGGCUACCCUUGCGUCAAGGUGGCACAAAUCAUGUCCCUCUUUGCAAAGCGUCUCACUGGCGGGGUCUAUAUGGUUGUAUAACACCCGGUAUGGUUGGGUGACAUUGCUGGAUUUUGAGCGUCUCCUGCGAGAACGUCAAGGGCUGCUUCUGUCCCGUCAGAAGUACUGGUUAGAGGCAGACCCAGGAACAAUUUCGCUGGAAGAUUUGAAGAACAAUUUAGAAGAGGACAAGGACGAAGCAGAGCAGGGCAACCAGAUGGAGCGGCAGAUGAGCGUGCUUCGUGAUAGUAUCCUUCAGUUUGGUGGCCCUUGAUCGGCGAACACUCUUUUAUGUCAUGUACACAUUCCGACGGGACAUUCUAUGACUGUAAGAUAAUCAAUCAAGUAUGCCUU